GGGGAGCGGGGCCGCGGCCUUCCCGCCGUCGGGCCCGGUUCGCCCGAAGACGCGCCCUUUUCCCCCAAAUCGGAUUGAUUUUCCGCGUUUUCGCGUGGUUUUUCGAGCGCCUCCCGACUGCUGAGGGCCGCAGCGAGCGGUCGGGAGGGGAGCCCGGCCCGGCCCGGCCCUGGCCGUGGCGACCUCACGGUCCGGAGGGCCCCGCGGAUGCUCCUUUCCAUGCUGAAAUCCAAAUUGCACCACGAUGGACGUGGUGGGGACGGAAACUAUGGAUGAAAUUACAUUCAGAAGUGACACCGUACUUUCAGAUGUUCACCUUAACACCCCAAACAAAAGGCAUCUCAUGGUGCGUCUAAAUAAUGUGGGGCAGCCAGUUUUCCUGACAAACUUCAAACUUCUGUGGAAUAAAAAUGCACGGGAAGAUUCACGGGAUAAUGAAAAACUUGAAAUUAAACCAAGCGGCCUCGUCCAGGCUGACAGAGAAUUUCUCAGUAAAGCCAACUGUGACUCAGAUUUCCUCGACGAGAACGGGACUCGAGCAAGUCCUCGUAGAGGAAUGGAAGCUCUGUUGGAUGAGGAUGGGGAUUUGGAAGUGGUAAGAAGACCGCAGUCUUUUUCUGACCUAAAGCAAGGACCUUCGAGAGACAAGGUGCAUCCUAUAAUACUCACCCAAGGGGCAGAGAACUUAAUUGAAGAAGAGGAGCAAGAAAGCCUCCAUCAUGAUUUUGUUAAAAUAGAGCAUACCAUGGCAACGCCUCUGGAGGAUGCUGGUAAACAGGUCUGGCGAGGGGCUUUCCUUCUUGCUGAUUACAUCCUGUUCAAAAGUGACCUCUUUAAAAAUUGCACAGUCCUAGAGCUUGGAGCUGGCACUGGCAUUACCAGCAUCAUCGCCGGAACAGUUGCUAAGACCGUUUACUGCACAGAUGUUGGUGAAGAUCUUCUUGUCAUGUGUGAACGGAAUGUGACCCUAAACAAGCAUCUGACUGAGGAAAAAGGCGGAACAAUUAAAGUCAGAGAACUGGAUUGGCUGAAAGAUGGACUUUGCACAGAUCCUCAAGUUCCCUACAGUUGGUCUGAAGAGGAGAUUGCCGACUUGCAUGACCAUACCACCGUAGUGUUUGCGGCUGAUGUUUUUUAUGAUGACGAUUUGACCGAUGCUUUAUUUAAAACACUCUACAGAAUCACUCACAAUUUGAAAAAUCCUUGUACAAUCUAUUUAUCGAUAGAAAAAAGGCUGAACUUCACACUGAGGCAUUUGGACAUUACGUGUGAGGCUUAUGAUCAUUUUCGAUUUUCCCUGAAUGAUCUGGAGAACCUCAAAGAUGGCAAAAUGAAGUUUACUGUAGAACCUAUCGAAGCUACUUUUCCCCAGUUCCUUGUUUAUGAACGCAUCGAGCAGUUGGAAUUAUGGAAGAUCAUUGCUGAGCCACUGACUUGACCUUUGAAGUACAGAAUAUUCCACGAAACAGAUGUCCCUUUCUACAAACAGGUCUUGAAUAAAAUUUAGCACCAAAACUAA